CCCGUCAAUGCCAUCACAGCUACCCCAAAAGUUGAAGCUCCACCAAGAAAGUUACCAGCCAUAUCAACCUCGAACGUCAAACUCCACGAACCUCACCCACCUAACAUCCUCUCCUACCUCAAUCACCGCCCUCACAUGCUCGCCACCUAACCACCAACCCCCAAACCACAACAAUGGGCAACACCGCCUCCAAAGCCGCCCGCUCCACGCGCAAAUACCCAACCACAGCCUCCCCCUCCAUCUCCAACCGCCCCACGCCCUCCUCCCGCUCCACCGUAAAAGCCUCGGGCACACGCAACGCCGAAAUCUCCCGCGACGCCCAAGACCCCGACUUCUCCUCCCCCCCCACCUCGGCCUUCGCACAGCGCCUACGCACAUUAGGAGCUGUGAAACCGAUGCCGACGCACUCGCCCAGCGCUACGACUGUGCAGCCGCCUACGAACUACCCCCCUACCUCCACCUCCACCGGCUCGUCGACUUCCAGUUUUGCCCCUUCGACCACGGCUUCGGCGCCACCUACAAACCCCUCUCUCCUAAUAUUCCACUCCCGCACCCGACUCGCGAGGGAGGCAGAGGCGGAGUUUGAAGCUGCUACGCGCGGGGGACAACAGGCCCUAAGGAGGUUUCUGGAUGUUGGGGGGGUGAGGGGUGUGGUUGAGAUGGUGGGGAAGGGGAGGGGAGGGGAGAUGGGUGUUGAUCCCGUCGUCGUGAGGGCGCUGGGGAGGGGGGUUGUGGGGGUUAGUGAUGUUAGGAGGGGUGGGGGGCAGGGGAUAUAG